CAAUUGUCUGAUGGGCAGAGAUGUCGUGUGGUGUUUGCGUGGCUGUCGUGGCAGGUGCCACACCUUCUCCUUAUGGACGAACCGACCAAUCAUUUAGAUAUCGAAACCAUCGACGCUUUGGCCGACGCUAUCAAAGACUUUGAGGGAGGAAUGGUUUUAGUGAGCCAUGACUUCAGACUUAUCAGUCAGGUGGCCGAAGAGAUCUGGGUUUGCGAGAAGGGAACCACUACUAAAUGGAACGGAACUAUUCAGACAUAUAAAGAACAUUUGAGGAAAAAACCAAUUAUGAAAAUGCCAGUUAUAAUAGAAGUUAAGGUCGAAUUAGGAAUCGGUUUGAGACAAAUUGAAACAAUCAUUGGGAAUAAAGUGUUGGAUUCUUCUAUACAACAAGUUUUGACUCGACAACAGUCGACAACAGGUCAGUUUCAUUGUCCGCCUGAAGGCAUAUACGCUUACGAACACCCGAAGGCAUGCGAACAGUACUAUCUUUGCACAAACGGCACUCUAACCCACGAAUUCUGUCCAAACGGUUUGGCGCACGCCAUCGACGGCGCGGUCUAUGGCUUCUGCGCCUAUCACUGGAAAGUCGACUGCAAAGACAGAACCCUUCCUGAUCCCAUCUCAACGCACGGUUGUCCCUAUCAGUUCGGUAUAUUCAAUGAGGGCGAUCCAAAUGUCUGUAAUAUCUACUUCUCUGAGUGUUUGUGGGGAAUCCCGGAGCGCAAGGAGUGCCAAAAGGGUCUGUUUUACGACGACCGCAUCAAAGGCUGCAAUUGGCCCGACAAAGUUGGCUGCAGUUCCGAUAAUUUGCUCGGCUUUUCGUGUCCGCACGAAGACAAGACCAAUAAGUACUAUCCGUUUCCCCGAUAUUUCUACAACAAUCACGCGAUCAUCACUUGUGUGGACAACAAUCCGCGACUAAUCAACUGCGGGGACGAGGAGUUGGUCAGCCCAGCCCUCACUUGUGAGGGCAUUCAUAAAGAGGAGACGCUCUCAAAGCCGCGAUUGGCACCAAUCCAUCGAUUCUAA